AUGAAUGAAGAUUUGGAAAACUGGCCUGAUGGUGUGGGUGAGAGUGACGUAUGUUCAGCUAGCAGCACGCUACACGAUGAUACCAUGAGGGAAACCGACCAGGAAGAUCCUAUUAUAAUGCGCAAAACUACUAAAGCACUUCGGAAUGCCAAGUACUCUGCCAGAUUCAAACAAUCAGUAAGUCAGCUGAACUCAGCAUUACCAAUGUCAGAGGAGUUACGUUCCAUCCGGAAGAUUGUCUCUGAAACUUCACACCUUACCUCCCAGCUGGAAGACUGUCUUUCCAACCUACUGGCCAAGAAGCGUGUGGACCAAGGUGACGCCAUCUACAACUCUGCUCUCUUCACUCUCAGCCAUGCUCGUGCCUCUUAUGCCCGCUUCCUCAUAGAUGCAGAAAAGAAUAUAAGGUAUGCCUGCGUCUCAAAGUGCAAGGAUCAGGAAUGCAUAUGAGUGAUGCCGUAAUGUGCCAGACAAUUGUGCGUAAGGAUCAGAUGCACAUCUUGGUGACUCCACAAUGUGCAAGGCAAUAACAUAUGGGAUUAG